GCUGGAAACAAGGCAGUCCCAUCGCCUCCUGGAGCUUCUCAAGCCUUCCUUGCAGUGCUCUCCCGGGCCCAGUUCGCCGCCUCCGCUGCCGCCGCUCACCGUUGGGGACUCGGAAGAGCCUUUGGGAGUAUCUCCGAAUUUAGCUACCUCGGAUGGGGAUGUGGAGGCAGGAGGCGGAGCUACCUGGGCAGAGAAGGCCGAAGUUGAGAGCGAGAAGCGGAGCGCAAAACUCCUCUCUGGCGCGGCGGGUCCCCUGAGGCCUCCGAAAAGCAGCCUUCGGUACCCAGGAAAGUCUUCCCGGUGAGGGGUGUGUGUGUGGGGGGACGUGGACGAAACUCCGAAGAGGUUCCCUCGGGCUCUUCACCCCGGUCCCCGCAACUUUUUUCUCCGCUUUCUGUGCUCGUUUAACUCUUCCUGCCCCGUGAAAGGUGGCGGUGCGGAGAGCUCCUGCCUCCCCGUGGAAGAACGGAAGGAUCAUGGUUGGCACCCGCAUCCCAAGGACGGUCUUUAGAUCUUGGUUCUGCUUUUGAAGCUUUUUCGCAGCAACGUCCCAUCCCCACCCCCCAAAAAGAGGAAUUAUAAAUGCACGGGAGAAGACACGGAAACUUAAGAGGCGGAAGAGUGGAGGGUCUUCUAGUGCCUCCGUGAGACCUGUAACAGCUUCUUUUUUUGGGGGGUUGAAGUAAAUGCCUUUGUGACCUAAAGUAAGAUUUCUACAUCAUGCACAAUUUGCCGGCCCAAAGACGUUGAGAAAACAUUCGGUCUUUUAUUCCCCGCACAUAACACCUCGCCUUUGCGGGGCGCGGAAAGACUUGUGGACCAGUCUUCGAAUAAGGGAGCUUAGUAUAACAUACCUUGUUUUAACCUUUUGCUUACUGCGGAAAACUAGAUGAAUUGAUCCUCCUGUUGGCUUAUCUUUUGUUAGGAAGAUUACUUACUGCCUUGUGUGACUACCCAAGGUGGGGAUUAUUUAAUGAAUGAACAUUGUAGUGAGGGUGGAUGGCUGUUCUACCAUUUCAUAUGCUUUUGGAAAUCGUUAUGCAAACUUGCUGAAAAAAGCUGAUAUCGUUGGGAAAAAUUGAUCUCUUUUGACAAAUCUCUUUUAUCAAACAAGAUGAUGUGUGAAGUGAUGCCAACCAUCAGUGAGGCAGAGAUUCCCUCAGGGGGAAGUGGAAACCGUGGUUCAGGUUCUCCCCUUCAGUCGGAUGCUGAUUCCCAUUUUGAGCAAUUAAUGGUAUCCAUGUUGGAAGAGCGUGACCGCCUCUUGGACACAUUGCGAGAAACUCAAGAGACACUUGCAUUGACCCAGGGUAAACUACAUGAAGUUGGUCAUGAGAGGGAUUCUCUACAACGACAGCUUAAUACUGCACUUCCUCAGGAGUUUGCAGCACUUACUAAAGAGCUUAACAUAUGCAGAGAGCAACUCCUUGAAAGGGAAGAGGAAAUUGCAGAACUGAAAGCAGAAAGAAACAAUACAAGAGCAAUGGCUCAGAAGGAAGAUAUGGAAGAAAGAAUUACAACUCUUGAAAAACGCUACCUCGCUGCACAACGUGAAGCUACAUCUGUGCAUGAUCUUAAUGAUAAACUUGAAAAUGAAAUUGCUAACAAAGAUUCAUUGCAUCGACAGAGUGAAGACAAGAAUAGGCAGUUACAAGAACGAUUGGAACUGGCUGAACAAAAAUUGCAGCAAACUCUGAGAAAAGCUGAAACUCUGCCAGAAGUAGAGGCUGAAUUGGCUCAGAGAGUAGCUGCACUUACUAAGGCUGAAGAAAGACACGGAAACAUUGAAGAACGAUUGAGACAAAUGGAAACACAGCUAGAAGAGAAAAAUCAAGAACUACUAAGGGCUCGACAAAGAGAGAAGAUGAAUGAAGAACAUAAUAAACGUUUAUCUGAUACAGUUGAUAAACUUUUAUCUGAAUCUAAUGAGAGACUUCAGCUUCACCUUAAAGAAAGAAUGGCAGCUCUGGAAGAUAAAAAUUCCCUUCUCCGUGAAAUUGAAAGUACCAAGAAACAAGAAGAACUAGGUACUACACACAAAGAGGAUCAGUUGGUAGUAAAUAUUGAAACUAUAAGGGCUGAAAAUGACCAAUUGAGGAUCAGACCCCCUGCCCUUCAUCAUAGAGGGCCACAUUUAGGUAGCGUACCAGAUUUUAGAUAUCCACUGGCACCUUCAGUUAUAGCAGACAAUCAGACAGAUUCCUACAGCACCUCAGUUCUAAGACGUCCACAGAAAGGACGCUUAGCAGCUCUGCGAGAUGAGCCUUCAAGGGUUCAGACUCUUAAUGAGCAAGAUUGGGAACGUGCACAACAAGCAAGUGUGCUGGCAAAUGUUGCGCAAGCUUUUGAGAGUGAUGCUGAUAUCUCAGAUGGCGAAGAGGACAGAGAAACUAUAUUCAGCUCAGUUGAUCUCUUAUCACCUAGUGGUCAGGCAGAUGCCCAGACCUUAGCCAUGAUGCUUCAGGAACAAUUGGAUGCCAUCAAUAAAGAAAUUAGUCUCCAGUUUCUAGAGAAGAAAUUAGAGACGACAAGGCUACAAUAAAAUGUGAGACCUCACCACCAUCUUCACCUCGAUCACUGCAUUUGGAUAAAUCUUAUAAAGGAGCUUUGCAUACAAUGAGCCAGGAAGAUAUAAGAGAUGUUCGAAAUUCCACAGGCUCUCAAGAUGGACAAGUAAGCAAUCCCAGUAGCAGUAAUAGCAGUCAAGAUUCCCUCCACAAAGCCCCUAAAAAGAAGGGGAUCAAAUCCUCAAUUGGCCGCCUGUUUGGUAAGAAAGAAAAAGGUCGAUCUGGACAGAUGAAUAAGGAGCUCUUGGGACAAGUUAGUGCAUUAGAAGCAGAAAGUUCAACUCAGGAUGGUUUGGGGCUUGGAAAACUUGGAGGACAAGCAGAAAAGAAUAGAAAACUGCAGAAAAAGCAUGAACUUCUUGAAGAAGCUCGGAGGCAGGGUCUGCCUUUUGCUCAGUGGGAUGGCCCCACGGUGGUUGUCUGGCUAGAGUUGUGGGUUGGGAUGCCUGCUUGGUAUGUGGCUGCUUGCCGUGCAAAUGUGAAAAGUGGUGCUAUAAUGUCAGCCUUGUCUGAUACUGAAAUACAGCGUGAAAUCGGAAUCAGUAAUCCUUUACAUAGGUUAAAACUGAGACUUGCCAUACAAGAAAUUAUGUCACUAACAAGUCCAUCGGCUCCUCCUACAUCAAGAACGACUUUAGCCUAUGGUGAUAUGAACCACGAAUGGAUUGGCAAUGAAUGGCUUCCUAGUUUGGGGCUUCCUCAGUAUCGCAGUUAUUUUAUGGAAUGUCUUGUUGAUGCUAGAAUGCUGGACCAUUUAACUAAAAAAGAUCUUCGUGGUCAACUUAAAAUGGUAGACAGUUUUCACAGAAAUAGCUUCCAGUGUGGCAUUAUGUGUCUCCGAAGAUUAAAUUAUGAUCGGAAAGAACUUGAAAGAAGAAGAGAAGGAAGCCUGAAUGAAAUUAAAGAUGUCCUUGUUUGGAGCAAUGAGAGGAUGAUUCACUGGGUGGUAUCAAUUGGCCUUAAAGAAUAUGCAAAUAACCUUAUAGAAAGUGGAGUUCAUGGUGCACUUCUGGCCUUAGAUGAAACUUUUGAUCACAAUGCAUUAGCUCUUUCUUUACAAAUACCAACUCAGAAUACACAGGCUCGUGCUGUCUUGGAGAGGGAAUUUAAUAAUCUUCUUGUGAUGGGUACGGACAGAAAGUUUGAAGAGGAUGAUGAUAAAAGCUUUAGACGAGCACCUUCAUGGAGAAAGAAGUUCAGACCAAAGGAUAUAAGGGGUUUAGCUGCUGGAUCAGCAGAGACCCUCCCUGCAAAUUUUAGAGUUACCACUUCAAUGUCUUCACCUUCUAUGCAACCAAAGAAGAUGCAGAUGGAUGGCAAUGUAUCAGCAACACAAAGAUUGGAUUCUGCUACAAUAAGAACUUAUUCAUGUUAAAGACUUUCAUUGUUUAUCCCCACUAUUUCUACAGAUGAGCUGAACCAUUUUGAACUCAAUGACCAUAUUUUGGAAACAGCUGAAAUCUUUAAUCUGUUAAUACUUGUUAAAUGAACACUUUGAAAUAUUUUAUUACAGGGUUUUUAAUUAGCGAGUGAAUUUGUGAGUACUAUAAAAAGUAUUUUAGAUUAAAUGUUUCUUAUACCUAUAAGGGUGUAUGUGUGUCCCAUUACUUAAUUUUCUAUUAGAAUUGUCUGUCAAUCAAGUUAUUACUUUAUGUUAAUUUUAGUAUUUUCAUCUGAAUGUACUGUAAUGCUUGUAUGUAUCUGUCCCUAUAAGAAAAAUAGGGCUUUAUUGUAAAUUAUAGAGUUAUUGUAAUUACCAGUAAUGAGUUUAAUAAAGUGAAGGUGAAAUUUUUUUACAAUCUUUGUAAAGACAUCAUGACACCAAGCAGUAUAUAUAUAUUGCUGUUUGAAAAAUGCUAGCUAACUCUAAAAAUUGAAAUAAUUCCUUUUUUUCAGAGAGGCAUAUGUUUAUUAACAAAACAGGCAUGGUACCUGAUUCCAUUUCCGUUAGAAGCCGUACCUUUUAAACUUAACAUUUGAUUAUUUAGUGUGUAUUCUUAUUUAAGGCUUUUGUUUAGUAUAAUUUGCUUUACAUUCAUAAAUGUGGGAAUUUCUAGAACAUUAUGAAACAUAUGAGACCUAACAAGGUCAUUUGUAACUACUUUUUGUGGCUGUAUUUGUACAGUCUAUGUUCAUUGAUUGAGCAUAAGUAAGCCAUAAAUGGAAAUAUUUUCUGUUAAGCAAGAAUAGCUACUAAGAGUACUUGACAGGCAACACAGAGUGCUCCCUUCCUGUGUUUUGAUGUGAAAAUGUUUGUGAAAAGAUAUUGAUGCAGUUCUUUUAAUGGACCAAUCAUUAUGCACUGCUGCCAAAUGACAAAGAUGCUAAGAGCAUAAUACAUGGAGGCAUGUAGUAGUGCAACUAUUAAAAAGGCCUUACUUUUCUUAUGUCAUCUUUUGGAUAUAUUUAUAAGCUUGUUUUAAAAUCCAGACAAACUUUUUAGUUGUUAAUAGUUUUAGUCAUUGCAAACAGUAUAAGUAGAAAAUGCAUCAUUCAUUUUUAAAUAGUAUCUUACGAAGCCAGCAAGGAGGAGAUUCAGAUCAUGGUGCAUUAUUUAUUAUGCAAUAAUAUACAUGGCAUGUCUUUUUUUUCUGUUUUUGGUUUGGCUCUUUUUAAAUUGUACAACUUGAAUUCAUUGUUACUAUUUUUUCUAUUAACCUUAUAUGUACUUUGAAUAAUGUAACAAAUUAUGUACAGUCUAAGUACUUUGAACUAUUUUUAUCACAGUAUUAUUUAUUGCUUUCUUUCAAUAAAUUUCUGAAGCAUUUUUUUCCACUGCCAAUAAAAUGCUAUUAUCUUGUGA